CCAGGGAUCAGUCUGUCGCUACUUGGCCGCCUACUUGAGAAUAUAAUGUAUAAGCUCCAAAAUUAUGGGGAUUUUGGACAAAGGAUAAGUAUUAUUGAACAGAUUCUCGGGACCGGUCUGUCGCUACUUGUGUAUUUCUUGGCGUAUUCGGGCGCAAAAUUUGUAAUAGGCCUUCCGUUGGUAAUUGCAUUUCUGGUGAUCAAAUUCAAAAGGAGACAUUUGUCCAUGUAUCAUGCCAUUGAAGGCUUUUUGCAAACACAAAACAAUUUCAUGCCAAUCAGAUAUAACUACUCCCACAUAAAGAGAAUGACCAUAGGAUUCAAAGAAAAAUUAGGCGAGGGAGGUUACGGCAGUGUAUACAAAGGAAAGCUUCGUAGUGGAAGAGAUGUAGCAGUGAAGAUGUUGAACAAGCCUAAAGCUGGUGGUCAGGACUUCAUGAAUGAAGUAGCUACCAUUGGAAGGAUUCAUCAUGUCAAUGUGGUUGGACUCGUAGGGUAUUGUGUUGAGGGAACAAAGCGUGCUCUUGUGUACGACUUCAUGCCCAACGGAUCACUCGACAAGUACAUCAGCACCAGUCAAGAAGAAAGUCCUCUGUUAAGCUGGCAGAGGAAGUAUGACAUUACUCUUGGAAUGGCUCGAGGAAUAGGGUAUUUGCAUCGAGGCUGUGAUGUACGGAUUUUGCAUUUUGACAUCAAGCCACACAACAUUCUUUUGGAUGAGAAUUUCAUUCCAAAGAUUUCUGACUUUGGGCUUGCAAAAUUAUAUCCAACAGAUAAUAGCAUUGUGAAUCUCACAGCUGCUCGUGGAACAAUUGGAUAUGUAGCUCCAGAGUUGAUCAGCAGAAGCAUCGGAGCAAUCUCUUACAAAGCUGAUGUUUACAGCUUUGGAAUGUUGUUAAUGGAAAUGCUGGACUUGAAGAGACAUGAAGUUGCAAAUGAAGAAAAUUCCAGCCAAUAUUUUCCUUUUUAUAUUUACAACAAGUUCAACAAGGGGAAGGAGAUUCUGGUGCAUGAAGAAGCAAAUGAUGAUGAAAAGAAGAUGGCUAGAAAGCUGAGUUUAGUUGCGCUAUGGUGCAUACAAACAAAUCCGAUACAACGCCCUUCGAUGAGUAGAGUAUUAGAAAUGCUGGAAGGUGAAGUUGAAGUGCUAGAAGUACCUCCUCAGCCUAUUCAAUCUCAGCCGAUUGUUCUUCAGAUGAUGGGAAGUUCUAUGGCAUUUUCGUCUGAUUCAAUGGCUUUGUUAGAAAAUCCUGCUGAUAAUCCCAUUGAAGUAGACAUUUGUUCUGAUUGACUAUAGUUGAUGACUUGAUGUAAUGUUUAUGUGAAACAAAUAUAGCCGACGCAACAAUGUUUGGGACAAAGGUGUGUGUUGCUAUUGUCAUACUAGUUAUGCAAGGGGAAGUUACCAACCACAUGAAAGUUGUAGUAAAUGACCGACUAUCCACUUUAUGCGAGACAGAUGAUAGUCUAAGAUUGUAAUUUUUGUUUGUUUAACCACUGCAAAAUCAACUUCAGGUCUACAAAACAGAAGUUGGAAAAAUCUUAAUUCUUACACUUCAAUUUCAGACAAUUUUGAAAG